GGUAUCCAGCUAACUCUAAUUUCUGACAAUCACCAGAGGAAAUACCACAUUCCUGAAGUUUAGAAACUAGUGUAGGACCUGCUGUAAAUUCUACCUCAUCUUCUGUAGCUUGCAUAAUAUUUUGUUCUGGCAUUAUCUAUUCCUUUGAUCUUGAUUGUCGUGUUAUAAAAGAUGUGGACGAAGAGGAAGAUAGCAAAAAUAAUACUUGGCGGUAUUUCUAUCGGAUUGCUAGCAAAUCAGUUCUUCAAUGUGAGCCGACUCAAGAUUGAUAACCUAACUAACAGAUUUCUCCAGUACAAAGGUACAAACCAAGAACCGAACAAAGUGGUAGUCAAGGAUAUAUCUUUGGAACUGCCUACGACUGAUAUCUACCUCGAAGCUGAUCCAAUUAAACGUGAUUCUGUCAAGGGUGCCUUUCAACACGCGUGGUCGGCAUAUGAAAGGGACGCUUUUGGUUUCGAUGAAUAUCAUCCUAUUUCACGAACUGGUUCAAAUCUUUCACGGUCUAAAGGUAUUGGAUAUACAAUAAUUGACAGCCUUGAUACCAUUCAAUUGAUGGGUUUAACAGAAGAAUACAGAAGAGCGAGAGAAUGGAUAAAGUCCGAGCUUACGUUCGAAGUUGAUGACAAAUUUAAUACUUUCGAGACUACGAUCCGUGUUCUUGGUGGACUUUUAUCAUCUUACUAUCUUUCUUCAAAUCCAUUUAAUCAGAACAUAGCCCUUCAUGAACCAGAUGCAUUGUUUCUAGAUCUCGCUGCUGAUUUGGGUGAAAGACUAUUAUCAUCUUUCUCAACUAAUUCUGGGUUGCCUUUGUCGUAUGUAAACCUGAAAGAACGUCUGGGAAUUCCAGAUAAAGACAAUGGUGGAUUUAUAAGUACAGCAGAGGCUGCAAGCCUGCAGAUUGAGUUCAAAUGGCUAGCAGAACUUUUAGAAGACCCUGUUUACUGGACAAAAUCUGAACGUGUCCUGCAAAUUAUUAAAGAUUCACCGAAAAUGGAUGGUUUGACACCAAUUUUCAUUGAUCCACGAGUAAAUCAAUUCUACUUUAGCCAAAUUAGAUUAGGUUCACGUGCUGAUUCUUAUUAUGAAUAUUUACUGAAACAAUACUUACAGACCGGAAAAUCUGAGCAUGUAUAUAAGGAAAUGUACGACGAAGCUUGUAAAGGUAUAAAGCGUCAUUUAGUGAAAAUCUCGCAAGGCCCAAAGAAGCUUAUACAUACAAUCGAGCUAGCACCGAGCCGAAGAGACAAUAGACCAGAAUAUAGACCUUAUAAUAAGCAAGAUCACCUGGUAUGCUUCCUACCUGGAUUGCUUAUGCUAGGCGUGCAUCAAGGUAAAGAUGAACUGGAUCAGAAGAAAAUGACCAUCCAAGAACAUGAAAAUUGGUGGGUUGGGACAGAAUUGCUAAAAACCUGCUACGAUACCUACAAUUCAACUGAAAGUGGUUUAUCACCCGAAAUAAUUCACUUCCAUCCAAUUGGUGAUCCUUUAUCGUUGAAAGAAGAUUGGUUUAUUAAGAGAAGUGAAAAUUCAAAGGUGGAUCUUUUAGAUGGACGUUACAUAUUACGACCUGAGACAGUGGAAUCUAUCUUCAUUGCAUUUAGGUUAACUGGAGACGCUAAGUAUAGAGAAUGGGGGUGGCAGAUAUUUCAAUCGAUUGAGAAGCAUGCUAAAAUUCAAACUGGUGGUUACGCUAGUAUAAAAGACGUCGACCAGCUACCUGUCGUAUAUGAGGAUAAGAUGGAAACGUUUCUACUGAGUGAAACAUUUAAAUACUUAUAUUUGUUGUUUGAAGAUUCGACGAUUGCACCUUUAGAUAAAGUAGUUUUCAAUACAGAGGCACAUCUAUUCCCAAUAUUUGAACCCUCAUUUAAAAGUAAUUUAAUUUAA